UCCUGAAGCCAUUUCUAGACGGGAGAAACGAGAGUUGCGCUACUUUUAAAUCCGUUGCAUCUGCCUAAAUGCACGCACUUGAGAAAAAAUACUUUUUAAAAGUCGACCCAUCAGACAUUCGUCUUCACUUCGGUCUGAUUAUUUUUGUAAAAAUCGCGACGGAUUAGCAGAUAGACGGGCUCAAAAGUUCAGACUCUGAGAGAAGGGGUGAACCCCGAGUAACGCAAGAUGAGAAGAGGGAUCUCCUCGGCUCCGGACAAAGUGAUUUUAGCAGGGGUCGGAGGCUCUCCUCUGGACAAUAAUAUCAUUUUAACAGCUCUCUCGGAUCGCCUAAACCCCGGCCAAGCCAACGCUACUACAUACAUCCAAAUAAUCACCACCCCACCGCCCUGCAACGUUACACAGACCCCCGGUGUGUGCCUAUCCGAGCCUCAGGUUAACAGCGUUUACACCACUCCGCAACAAGCCUCUAACGGAGUGGGACAGCGACCUGCUCUGGGGAGACCACCGGCAAAAAGGCGGUUGGCGCUCGAUGAUUCAGACCACCAAUACCAGUCCGAACCGGUCCGAACUCCAAGAGGCAGAGGAGCAGCCAACGGGACGAAGCUAAAGACGCCCAAAACACCCAAAUCGCCACCGGAGAAGACGCGAUAUGACACUUCUUUGGGCUUGUUGACAAAGAAGUUUGUGGACCUGCUCGCUCAGUCUUCUGAUGGGGUUUUGGACCUCAACCUUGCCGCUGAAACCUUACAGGUACAAAAAAGGAGGUUGUAUGACAUCACCAAUGUACUAGAAGGUAUUCAUCUUAUCAAGAAGAAAUCCAAGAAUAACAUUCAGUGGAUGGGCUGCAGUCUGUUGGAGGUAGAGGGGGCCCUGAGCCAGAGACAAAUACUGACGGCGGAAGUUUCUGCGCUGACUGAAGAGGAGCAGAGACUCGAGCAACUCAUCCAGAGAUGCAGCCUUGAGAUGAGACACAUGAGCGAGUUGCCAGGCAACCAAAAGUAUGCUUAUGUAACGUAUCAAGACAUCAAACAAGUGGGGAGCCUCCGAGACCAGACUGUAAUAGUCAUCAAAGCUCCCACAGACACCAAACUGGAAGUACCAGACCCUGACGAGAGUUUAUCCAUCCACCUGACCAGCACCAAGGGUCCCAUAGAAGUGCUGCUGUGCCCAGAUGAGGAGAAUGACAUGAGGAGUCCUGUAAAAAAUAGCCACACAGACAUCAAUGGGAAUUCGCCUUUCCUCAAAGUUGUUCAAGAUUCAGGCUGCACAACCACCUCUCCUAGCUCCUUCCUGUCUCCACCUGCCGCCUCCUCUGCUGUUGCCGUCACGACUCUCUCCCCCAUUUCGUCUCCUUACACAAGUCUUCUCCAGCAGACGGAGGAACAGAUCUCUUCAUCCCUAGGGCCUUUCUUAAACCUUGGCCCCCCCAUACUGGAGCAAGAAGAAUACCUCUUAGGCUUGGGAGAUGACCAAGGAAUAAGCGACUUGUUUGAUGGCUGUGACUUUGAUAAGAUGCCCCCACUUGGCCUGGAUGAUCUUCUGUGCAGCUAGCAUUAGCUAAAAGAAGGUGGAGAUGAGACGCUGAGGGCUUUUCUGUCCCACAGGGACUAAAUGCCAUGUUUUGCAUGGCAUCAGCAAUUUAACGGGUGGUAUAAGUGUGCUCUCUGUAUGUGUUGCAUUGUGGAAUUGACUGUGCAGAGAGACCAACAAAGGCAGAACAGUUUAAAGCAAAACACCCCACACCGCCUGGCAUUAUUACACAUAUUCAUAUCCCGUACACAUGAGUUGGCUUUAUGGCUUUAGCAUGGCAGUAUGAUCACUGAAAACCUUUUUAUAGAAGGCAAAACCAAACCUGCAAGGAAGAUGGAAGUUGGUGUAAAAUGAGUUUCUUGCAUAAAGGUUAAAGUUUAUUUGCAUCUUCUGUGUGACACAUUGUCGGGUGUACAGAGUGAUGUUAAUAACCUUUAACGGGUUAAUGCCAUGUGUUGUGGGGAGGAGGUUCUAAAGAGUUCUUAUUGAUUUUAUUUUAUUGCACCAAUGAUCUGUGACGGGAGGUUUACACUGAUGACUUUUCAGUAGGCGUAAUUGUGUGCAGAUGUUGAGAUCUUUAGAAAUUAGAUGCUAUAAAACAAAAAUAAAAAUUUGCAGAUGGCAGUCAUAGCACGAGAUGACUGACAGGAAAGCCAAGCAGAGGUUUUGGUAAGCUCUCUCAUCUCUGCACCUCCCCGAGCAUAUCACACGAGUUGUGUGUGCAUUUGAACAUCAUUGCUUUACAGAAAAGUUGCAAAGAAGAUUAUUUUGGAUUACUUGGGAAAAGUAGAUGCAUAUUCUCCGAAUGCUCUUAAACAAGACAAGUGUGCAUCUGUCUUUCAUCUGCGAUCUUUCUUACUGUGACAGAUAUUCACCAUGAAAAUGUCUUAUUUCAUAAGGAAGACAUUUUUAAUUUUUGAUUACGAACAGAUCCCAGAAAAGCCAUCACUCCCUAGUAAUAGGGGGUUUUAGUAAAAGCACCUGAUGUACUUAAAUGUAUCAGCCCUGUGAAGACACUUGAUAUGUUAACUUGAAUAUCAUCUCCAGCACGUAGUCUUUAAUGCGCCAUGAAUUCAGGAAUCAAAUCUCUUUCAAUUUUGCUGCUGCUGCUGUUUUUGUUAGGACCACAUUUCCCAUCGUGCCUCCUCAGUUACUGUGUUCUGCAAAUUUAAGUUCGAAUCGCUUUACACUCUGUGCACACUGCCCGUUCAGAGCGCGCAGAGGUAGUCUUGUUAAGUAUCAGUUUUUGGGGUUUGAGAACUUUGGAAUUUUAAAGGUUUUUUAAUACUUAGAAAUAACUAAUGACAUUAUGGUUGGCUAAGGAACCAAGGACCUGAUAGCCACUAUAUGAGACGUGAGCAUGUAAUUGUUCUUCUUGAAAACACAUUGGGAAAAAAAAUCAUUAAAAAAAAACGAACGGGUGUUCUGUAAUUUUAAUUCUUAUUGUAUAGAGUCACUGAAUUCUUAAACAGUGGUUCAUCAAGAAAGGCUUGAGUACAUGCUGAAAUAGAAGCUGCAAACCUGUUGUUUGAAGCUUCGUCCUUUAGAGAUCACAGAUAAUCGAUCUGCUGCUAGUCACGACUUCCCCCGACCUGAUUGGUGUGCGCUUGAGUAGUUGUGUGUGCAGCGUGAAUGAGUUUUGUUAGAUCCCGCUUGCUCAAAAGUAAGCCAGCCAUGUGUAAACUGAUGUAUAGUUUUCUAUUUCUUUUUGCAAUGCACAAGGUACUGUAGGCUACCUCUCACUAAAUGUUGAACAGUAGGAUAGAGUGUAGAGGGCAAUGCCAUGAUGCUUGAGAGUCUGAAAACUCCUCAAUGCCAUGAUGCUUGAGUCUGAAAACCCCUUUGUCAUAGAAGUUGUCCUUGUGUUUUAGCAGUGAUGUUGGAUGUUGCAUCCACAGAUAUCAAAAUGAGAAUACAUUUACUCAUUAACCAAUUUCAUGCCAUCACAUAUUUUUUUUUUUUAAUGGCAUGCACAUUUGAAAGUCAAAUGGAUGUAUUGAAUUUUCUUUUUUGUGUGUGUUACGUUGAUGUUUUCAGUAAGUUAUUUAGUUCUUUUGUCAGUGUUUCUUAGUAAACAGCAAAGCAUCACGUAUACCCCAAAAGUAACAUAUAUUCAUACAUGAAGUUAUGAAUUUACAUGUCACCUUUGCUGUUCAUUUGGAGACUUGGGGUAUAUAAGCCACUGACCCAGAAUCAAUUAUUAGGUUUUUCCUUUGCUGAGUUGUGUAGAGACCCUUUUGUUUUGUGGAAUUUUUUCUUUUUAUUUUGAAUUGUUGUCAAGGAGUCUGAUGCGUCAAAAUUUCUGCCAUUUCCCCUUUCUCAAAGAGUUCUCAAGUCUAUUAGAACAGCUUGUGAACUGUAAAACUAACAUGAACCCUUUCAAUUGGCAUUGUGUCAUCAGUGCCAUUACUGGAAAUAAAUGAAGUUGAAGCACAUUUUCUUUUCUUUUUUUGCAAAAAUUUCCCUACCAGCGUACUAUUGUCAUCUGUGUAUUGUAAAUGUAUUUAAGAUUAUAUUUCUCCAUUUUGUCCUUUUAAGCUCAACAAUUUAUUUAGUUAAAAUGUGUCCUACAUCUGUUUCGAGCAGCCAAAACCCUGUUGAAAUAUUUUUGUCAUGGGGGGAUGGGGUGGGGGGUGUUUUUUGGAAAGAUUGUACUUUUUCCCCUAUAGUUUUUGAUGGAAUGUUAAAGGUUUUAUUACACCACUGAAGCUAGUGUUUUAUAUAAUGGGUGACAUAAAAUUGCAGCUUGUUUUCUAUUGUAUGAUUCUGAUGUGUGAUUAGAUCUUACAGAACGUUAUCAAGCUUAAUAUAAUAACUAUAGUCCAGAUUGAAACAGCAUUGAUUUUUCCAGCUAUUUUUUGAUGGUUGUUAAGCUGUUACCAAAUACAGUAUACUUAUCCAUAAAUAUUCUCUAUAUGUGGAAAAGUAACUAUUUGAUAGGAAAAACUUGACUGUAAAAUUAUAAUAUUGCUGCCUGGUUCUACUAACUACAAAGAAAGAAGAGAAAUUUGCAGUUUGAAUGCAUGGGUGAAAGUGAUGUUAAUUGUUUAAUGUAAACUAAUUGGAUGUUUUUUGAUGUCUCAUUUAGUUAACAAUUGUUCCUACAACUAUAAAAUGAGGAAUUUGAGUUGUUUGUGGGUGGGAGGGGUAAAAUGGAAUUGUUUUUUUUGUACUCCUGGUAUUUGUAAUUGGAGAAAAAAAAUGAAUAA